AUGGAGCGACGAAAAGGUCAAAUACGACUGCCGUCAUCAUCAAUAAAUCAAAAUUCAUCAUCACCACCAAAUCCAUUAAGACAUAAUUUAUCAUAUCAAUCAUUAGAUAAAUAUAGAUUAAGUCCUACCCAAUCAAUAGAUCGAGCUAACAAUUCAAAAGCAAAGAUUAAUUCAAAUAUACUUCGUUCUAGAUCAUUUACUAGAUCACCUCUGAUUCCAUCCAUUGAUCCAAGAGAUUCAUCAAAUCCUAAUCCAAUAGAUCAUCAAUUUGAUACAAAUGCUGUAACUCCUAUAUUUGAAGGAUCAGUAAAUAAUACUAGUAGUAAUGAUAGAAAUACAAUUAGAACUUCAACAACUUCAAUGUAUCAUGCACAAUCAGAUAAAGCAAUUGCAACAUAUACAAAUAAUCAACAAGGUCCAAGGUCUAAAAUAUUGAAUUUACCUCAACGAUUGUUUAGUUGGUUAUAUUCAUUUUCAUUGGUUGCUUUAAUUAUAUUAAUUUUAGCAUUUGUAGCAGUUACUCCUAUUGAUGUUAUUAUUCAAACAUUAAAAGCAACAAAUGGAACAAAUGCAGUAGCAGUAAAGACAUUUGUGGUUAUUGCUGUUUGUGUUGUAUUUUUAUUAAUAUCAAUCAUUAUUUAUCUUGUAAGAGUUUAUAAUUUUAGAGUAUCAAUGAAUGAUGUUCCUCAAAAAUCAUUAUAUAUUCCUUUUGAAAAUGAUUAUCCAAAAGUUGUAUUUAAAUAUAUUGAAUCUAAAUUAAAAAAUAGUAUUGAAAUUAGUGAAAAGGCAGGACCUUUAAAUCAACCAUAUUCAAUUAAUCAUCCAGGUUUAUCACCACCAGAAUAUAUUCAAAGAAGAAAUCCUGAUCUUGAUGGUACAUUAUUACCACCAAAUAUUAAUUAUGAAGAUAUUUUACAAAGUUUUGGUGAUAAAUUUAGAGUUGGGAAAAUUUUAACUGAUGAAGAUUUACCAAUUAGUUUAUCAAUAAAAGAAAUUUUAUUAUUAUUAUAUAAACAAAUUAUUGAUUCUAAAAAGACACAAAUAAGAGUUAAACCAAAUGUUACAAAAUUAAUAUCCAUAUAUGAAAAAUGUAGAUUUGGACCAAAUUUAAUUUUAGAAAAAGAUCUUUUACAAUUAAUGUUAGAAUUUGAUAAAUUUGGUCAAUUAUGUCAAAAUGAUUAUCAAUCACAAAUUCCAAAAAAUAGAAGAAUUUCAAGAUUAAGUCAAUCAUCAAAUUAUGAAUUUACUGAAGGGAAUUUAUCAAGUAGUGAUAUGAAAUAUUAUAGUAGUGCAAUGUAUUAUGAUCAUGAUGAUACUAAUGAAGAUGAAGAAUAUAAAGAUAAUCAAGAUUUAGAUGAGGAUACAUAUAGUGAAUCUUUUGAUGAAAAAAAUGAAUUACUGAAAACUGCAACUUUUGGUCAUAGAAAAGUAGAACCUCAAUAUUAUACUAAUUUUGAUCCAUCAAUUAAUGAUGAUACUAAUUCAAGAAGAUUAGUUAGACAUCAAAGUUAUUCAAGUUCAAGAUCUGUAAUAAGAAAUAAAUUAGCAUUAGAAAGUAAACAUACAUUACUGAGUUUAAAAUAUGAAGGAAAUGAUGAAGAUAAUAAUUCAUUAGUUAGAAAUAAAAGUGGUUAUGUUACUGAUUCUGAAAAUGAAUUUGAUCCAAAUGAGUUGGGAAUUUAUGAAAGUAGACGAAGGUAUGGAGAAAAGGAUAAGCGAGAGAAGAAAAAUGAUAAUGAUGUUGAUGUUGAUGAUGAUGAUGAACAAUUUUAUAAUUUUAGACGAUAUAGUUCGAAUUUUGGUCAACCAAUUACACCAGAACAAUCACCAGAAAGGUAA